AUAGCAACACGACUUUUACACCAGCACCAUCCUCUUCACCCCGUCCACCCUUCCUUCACAUCCUCCCAACUCACCGUGGCGCUAGAACGAUGAGCAUCGAUACCACUCCCUCCAAAAAGGCCGCUACGGGCAUUGAGGGUCUGAGAAUGGAGUCGCCGGUCAAGAUGCAGAAGCUGGUGACGGAGGAGAACAAGGAGAACAUCGACGCCAAGUACGAAUCCUGCGAGAUCGCCGUCCCCAUCAAGGGCAUCCCCGAGCUGCCAGAGGUGCCUGUGAAGGACACCGAAACUCUGCCCGUCGCUGCCACCAUCAAAGAAGACGAGGCCAUCGAGCCAAUAUUACAAGAGAAUCCGAACCGAUUCGUCCUCUUCCCCAUCAAAUAUCACGAAAUAUGGCAAAUGUACAAGAAGGCCGAGGCAUCCUUCUGGACGGCAGAGGAAAUCGACUUGUCGAAAGAUCUGCACGACUGGAACAAGCGCCUCAACGACGACGAGCGCUUCUUCGUCUCCCACGUCCUCGCCUUCUUCGCCGCCUCGGACGGCAUCGUCAACGAAAACCUGGUCGAGCGGUUCAGCGGCGAGGUGCAGAUCCCCGAGGCCCGCUGCUUCUACGGCUUCCAGAUCAUGAUGGAAAACAUCCACUCCGAAACCUACUCCCUCCUCAUCGACACCUACAUCAGCGAGCCGAAGCAGCGCGCGUACCUGUUCAACGCCAUCGACAACAUCCCUUGCAUCCGCAAAAAGGCCGACUGGGCGCUGCGCUGGAUCUCGGACAAGAACUCGACGUUUGCGUGCCGGCUGAUUGCUUUUGCUGCCGUCGAGGGCAUCUUCUUCUCCGGCUCGUUUGCCGCCAUCUUCUGGCUCAAGAAGCGCGGGCUCAUGGCCGGCCUCACCUUCUCCAACGAGCUCAUCUCUCGCGACGAAGGCAUGCACACCGACUUUGCCUGUCUGCUGUUCUCUCACCUGAGGAAUAAGCCGGACAAGGCUCUGGUGCAGAGCAUCAUCACCGAAGCCGUGACCAUUGAGCAGGAAUUCCUGACGGACGCGCUCCCGGUGAAGCUGCUCGGCAUGAACUCGGAUCUCAUGAACCAAUACAUUGAGUUCGUCGCUGACCGACUCCUGCUCGCCCUCGGCAACACCAAGUACUACAACGCGACCAACCCCUUUGACUUCAUGGAGAACAUUUCGCUGGCUGGCAAGACCAACUUCUUCGAGAAGCGCGUUGGUGACUACCAAAAGGCCGGAGUGAUGGAGUCGACGAAGCGACACCAGGAAAAGAAGGAGGGCGAUGCCGACUUUGUGGCGCCGGUCAUGAAUGGAGACUUUGCGUUUGACGAGGAAUUUUAGAUGCGCUACUUCACUUGCACUCCUGACGGGCGUUUGGGUAACGGAUGAUGGGUGGACGGCGCGGGUUGGAGGAGAUGUCUCGGUUCUUCUCUUCGCCUCUACUCACUCAUAUUCCACGCAUGCAGCUGGCGUUUGAGCCUGUUGUGCUUCUUCAUAGCAGAUGUGUACAUUUGACCAUCCAUCUUUGUGUCAUUCAGAGCUCCGCCACGUGGAUGAUCGACGCGCGAUGUGUAGUUGAUGCGCGUGCCACGAGGUCAACGGUCGAGGGUGGAGGUGGCUUAGGUAAGCGGCACAUCGGCUCCACUGGAUGAUGCGGAUCCAAUUGU